AUGUCAGAUCAGAACUGGAAAGAAUCCUUGAAUCUUCCAGCGAAGGACACAAGAGUUCAGACAGAAGAUGUUUUGAACACACAAGGAAAGCUGUUUGAAGACUUUAACUUGAAGAGAGAGUUGUUGAUGGGCAUUUUUGAAGCUGGUUUCGAGAAGCCUUCCCCCAUUCAAGAGGAGUCAAUUCCUAUGGCUCUUGCAGGUAGAGACAUUUUGGCCAGAGCCAAAAAUGGUACGGGUAAAACCGCUUCUUUCGUUAUUCCCACUUUACAAAUGGUCAAGCCAAAACUCAAUAAGACCCAAGCAUUAAUAUUAGUUCCCACCAGAGAAUUGGCGUUACAGACUUCUCAAGUGGUUCGGACUUUGGGCAAACACUUAGGCAUUAACUGUAUGGUCACUACUGGUGGUACAAACUUGAAGGAUGAUAUUAUGAGAUUGCACGACCCUGUGCAUGUUUUAGUUGGUACACCUGGCAGAGUCUUGGAUUUAGCUUCCAGAAACUUGGCCGAUUUUUCCGAGUGCCCAUUAUUUAUCAUGGAUGAGGCUGACAAGAUGUUGUCGAGAGAGUUCAAGAAUGUGAUUGAACAAAUUUUAACAUUUUUCCCUGAAGGUAGACAAUCGUUAUUGUUUUCGGCCACCUUCCCUUAUGCAGUGAAGUCUUUCAUGGAUAAGCAUUUGACUAAACCUUAUGAAAUUAAUUUGAUGGAUGAAUUGACUUUGAGAGGCAUUUCUCAAUUUUACGCCUUUGUUGAAGAAAAGCAGAAGUUGCACUGCUUGAACACGUUGUUUUCGAAAUUGCAAAUUAACCAGUCGAUCAUUUUUUGCAACUCCACCAACAGAGUUGAGUUAUUGGCGAAGAAAAUUACCGAGUUGGGCUAUUCAUGUUACUACUCCCAUGCCAAAAUGCCCCAACAAGCGAGAAACAAGGUUUUUCACGAAUUUAGACAGGGAAAAGUGCGGAACUUGGUGUGUUCGGAUUUGUUGACCAGAGGUAUCGAUGUUCAAGCUGUCAAUGUCGUUAUAAACUUUGACUUCCCAAAAACCGCAGAAACUUACUUGCAUAGGAUUGGCCGUUCUGGUAGAUUCGGUCACUUGGGUUUGGCCAUCAACUUGAUGAGCUGGAAUGACAGAUACAACUUGUACAAGAUCGAGCAGGAGUUGGGUACUGAAAUCAACCCUAUCCCAGCUGUUAUUGACAAGUCUUUGUAUGUGAACGAGAACGAAGAAACCAUCCCAAGACCAUUCAAACUUGAAGAAUUGCCAAAAGGUAAGGAGAAGGCCAACAACGGCUAUAGUUACCAAGGCCAACCUCAAGUGCAACCUACUUCGUCUACCCCACAACAAGUUGCCCAGCCCCUUCCACCUCAUCCCCAAUACCCAAACCAAGCACCUAAUGGCCCUCAACAAUUCCUUCAAUAUCCACAAGGAGCACCGCCACCGCAAUUCAGUUAUCCUGGCCAAUAUCAGGUACCACCACAGUAUAAUGGGUACCCACCACAGGCAAACGUCCCAUAUCCAGUUCAGCAACAAGCUCCCUCACAACCACAACUGCAGUAG